GUGUGGUAAGUGAUUUAGGAAUGAAGGUUUUAAAAUUUCUAAACAAAAAAUAAUUUUCAUGGUGAACAAUUGAAUAUUGCUGAUCAAAUUGUACACAGUUGUGUAGUCUUACAAAAAUAUAGCUACUAUUACACAUCCCAGGGUCUAGGUGCAGUUUUGUUUUGAGAAUUUCUUCUAACGAGAUCAACGAAUUCCAUUACCAGGAAAGCACCAGGAAAGGAAAUAUAGACCAGACAUACUCCUUAAUAAUUAGCAUUUUGCAUAUAGAUAACUGUGGAAGAGUUUUCAGAGCAAGUGGUUUCUGUCAUGCUAAUUUACUUAUGUACAUCAACUACCUGCUAGGAUUGUGUUUUUCUUGUGUCUAGCUAACUGGAAUAGCACAAAUACAUGUGCCUCUCGAUCCACAUACUGUCUGUAAGUAACUCUUACUGGAAGUUGUUGAGCUAAAACCCUGUCCUUUGUAUCAUUAACUAAAUGAGAUUUAUUUGAGUGAGAUAGUUUUCUCCAGUCUUGGUGGAAGUUGGCUCCAAGCAGGCAGAUGUCAGAGCUUUGUCUGAGCAGCUCCCAGUCUGCCAGCUUCUGUAGAUAAGGCUCAGCCCACAAUGUGAUAAAGGCACAUGGCUCUUUAAAGAGGAAAUUCAUUGAUAUAAAGUACUUUAUAUAUACUGCUCUAGAAAGAAAUGAGUGUGUGUGUAUUUUAGGUUGCUUUUUGGGAAUUUGAAUUAUUUUCUCCCAAAUUUGUAAUCUAGUUUGUGAUCUUCAGUUUUUUAAACAGCCCUUCAGUUAUUUCUCCUUUUUUCAAUGGCCUUGAGAAAUCAAGUGUCUAAUAGGCACACACUUUACUUAAAAUGAAAUUAAUUCAAACUUACUUUGAUUUUAAAAAUAUGCUGUAUUUGAAAGUGCUUUGUAAAGUUAAAAGCCUUAUGUAAAUGUUAGGUGCUCCCAUUGAGGAAGAUGAAGUAGAAGAGGGUAGAGGUCGCAAAUGUAGUAUCACAAUAGCCUGAUUGUAUAAAAUCUGUUUUUAAGGAAACAUUACCCAGCGAUUGUUGUAGAAACCUAAUCGUUUAAUUUAGUUCCACCUGCAAUCUUGUUUCCAUUGAAUUAUUUGUUUUGAAAAAGUGAAGGCAUCAGAUGAGCUGGGGAGCACUAGCCAUGGGCAGAGUGACAAUGUGAGACACCGCUUUCCUAAGACAUGGGUCGUUAACCAACAGGUGAAACCCCGGGAAGCAGCUCAGUUUUCCUUUUAGAAGAUUUUUAAUUUUUGAGAACAGCACUCUCAACUUUUGACAGCAAGAUUGGAUUUUGUGAAUUUUUUAAAUGGUUUCUCUGCUAUAGUUUUAAAUGAAUUUGGAAAAUGUUCUUUUUUCUCUUUUCUUUAAUUCCACUUAAAGGUGAAUGGGCUACAGCUCGGAACAGGGAUGUUUUGUACUGAUGAGGCUGACCUCAGGUUACUUGAUCAUAGACAGCUGAGUCCAUGUCUCAUUUAACUAGGAACUUUAAGUAGAAAUUCAUUCAGAAAAUGUUUCCAUAGUGGUUAGACCUCAGGUCUUCCUCUUGGUAGAAUUUCUUUUGCUUUUCAACUAGCGGCAUGUAAUGUACAAGGCUAUCUAUUUCUCCAAGUUAUUUGGAAGUAUUUUAUUAUCAUAACUACCAUAAAAAACUCAGAUCCCAAAUUGGGUUCUUGGAAACCAUUAAUUCAAAAUGAGUUUCUGGCAGAAAAUACCAUAUGCACUUCUUGUUUCUACCUGAAUAAAAGUGCUUAGGCAUUUUGAUGGCCAUUCUCAUGUACCUCCUGACUUUGGGGGCUUGUUUUUGUUUUGUAGGGUUGAUAGCUAAUAUUUAUCCAAGGCAGAAGAGAAAGAUGUCAUUCCGUAAAGUAAACAUCGUCAUCCUGGUUCUGGCUGUUGCUCUCUUCUUACUGGUUUUGCACCAUAACUUCCUCAGCCUGAGCAGUUUGCUAAGGAAUGAGAUUUCAGAUUCAGGAAUUGUGGGGCUUCAGCCCAUAGACUUUGUCCCAAAUGUUCCCCGACAUGUGGUAGAUGGGAGACAAGAGGAGAUUCCUGUGGUCAUUGCUGCAUCUGAAGAUAGGCUCGGGGGGGCCAUUGCAGCCAUAAACAGCAUUCAGCACAACACUCGCUCCAAUGUGAUUUUCUACAUCAUUACACUCAACGGUACAGCAGACCAUCUCCGGUCCUGGCUCAGCAGCGGUGCCCUGAAAAGCAUCAGGUACAAAAUUGUGAAUUUUGACACUAAACUUUUGGAAGGGAAAAUAAAGGAGGAUCCUGACCAGGGGGAAUCCAUAAAACCAUUAACUUUUGCAAGGUUCUACUUGCCAAUUCUCGUUCCCAGUGCAAAGAAGGCCAUAUAUAUGGAUGAUGAUGUAAUUGUGCAAGGUGAUAUUCUUGCCCUCUACAAUACACCACUGAAGCCAGGACAUGCAGCUGCAUUUUCAGAAGAUUGUGAUUCAACCUCUGCUAAAGUUGUCAUCCGUGGAGCAGGGAACCAGUACAAUUACAUUGGAUAUCUUGACUAUAAAAAGGAAAGAAUUCGUAAGCUUUCCAUGAAAGCCAGCACCUGCUCAUUUAAUCCUGGAGUUUUUGUUGCUAACUUGACAGAAUGGAAAAGACAGAAUAUAACCAACCAGCUGGAAAAAUGGAUGAAACUCAAUGUAGAAGAGGGAUUAUAUAGCAGAACACUGGCUGGCAGCAUCACAACGCCUCCUCUGCUGAUUGUAUUUUAUCAACAGCACUCUACCAUUGACCCAAUGUGGAAUGUCCGCCAUCUUGGUUCCAGUGCUGGGAAAAGAUAUUCACCCCAAUUUGUAAAGGCUGCCAAGUUACUUCAUUGGAAUGGGCACUUUAAGCCAUGGGGAAGAACUGCUUCAUAUACUGAUGUCUGGGAAAAAUGGUAUAUUCCAGACCCAACAGGCAAAUUCAGCCUAAUCCGAAGACAUAUGGAGAUCUCAAAUGUGAAGUAAUAUAUAAUUUAUGCAAUAAACAUUUCUCAGGAAAUCCUAGAAGACAGUAUGUGUGGGAAGUAACAGUUGCUAGACUCACAUGGAAAAAGGAACAUUUCAGCUGGGUAGAGGACAAACUGCCCUGUCUGGCAGGCAGCUUCCCAGACAGACUAUAAAUGUGUCUCCAUCUGCCUUACCAAGUGUUUGCUUACUACAGUGCUGCAUGACCAGAGGUGAAUGGACUGAUAUGGCUGGUACAGCUACUUCAACACUGCUGCUUGGUUUUAAUUUUGUAAUCUGUGGCCUGAUCUGUAAUCUGUGGCCUGAUCUGUAAAUAAAGUGCUACUUAAAUUUUUCAA